AUGGAGCCAUCUGGUUUAUCUGCUUCAGAAAAGGAAGUUAGGACUAUUGAUGUGCUGGAUUUUACAACAUCCUUGGCCCAUGCUAAUCACCCAGCUGAAACCACCCCAGAAACAUCUAGUGAUUGUUGUGAUAGUGACUCCAUCUCUACUGAGUCUAAUAAAGUUGUGUCUAUUGAUGACACUAUGUCUGUGAAUGCUAAGGAGAAGCAAGAUGUGUCUGAUGAUAAGGAAAACCUAGGUGGAAGGAAAGAAAAAUCCAAUGUCAUUGUUAAUGUUGAUGAGUUGGACUCUGAUGAAGAGACCAUUGCUAAGAAUAUGGCCCCUAGCAUUGCCAAGAGUCUGAAGAAUAGAAUAGGCAAGGUUAUAAUGACUAAAGGCGUGCCCUCUAAGGCUGCCAAGAAGCAUGUUGGUGUAGGUUCCACCAAAAGCUGGAGAAAAGUGACUCCUAAUAGGAAGAGGAAUGGGGACAUCACUCCUCUAAAGAAAUCAGUUCUGAAGAAGAUACUUGUGAAUGUUCCUGAGGUACCUUUAGAUAAUAUCUCAUUCCAUUCUGUUGAAAAUGUUGAGAGAUGGAAGUUUAUUUACCAGAGAAGGCUAGAUCUGGAGAGGGAACUUGGAAAGGAUGCACUUGAAUUCAACAAAGUUAUGAAGCUCAUUGAACAUGCCGGUUUGAUGAAAAGUGUCACGGGUUUUGGAAAAUUCUAUGAAGUGCUCGUUAAGGAGUUUAUUGUAAACAUCCCUGCAGAUUGUGACAACAGGAAAAACAAGGAUUUCAGAAAGUAUUUGUAA